AUGCUUUUGGCGACUCGAGAAGACCUUGAGAAAUGCAAAACAAAAGAUCAUGAUUUGAGUGAUUUUACAAUCAACUCAACCUAUGCAGAAGCAGCCUUAGAAAGAGGCAUAAGACCUGUAUUAGCCUAUAAUUUGCUGAAAAUUGAGAAUAAUAAUUGCGCACAUUUCUCAACUGGAAAUGAAGAGUAAGAAGAGAUUCAAUUUAAAGUUAAAUUUUAAAGAUUAGAUUUAAGACUUGGAGAUAAGCAAAUAUCAAGUAAUGAGCUAGUUGAGAUUUGUGGCACUUCUGGAAGUGGAAAGACUUAUUUAUGCUUAAAAAUGGCUAGCUUAGCUUUGAAUAACUAAAAUGUUCCUGUAAUUUACAUAGAUACAACAAACUACCUUAAUAAUGAGAAUGUUUCUAUUGUUUUAAAGCUCAAGAAUAAUCAGCAGAGUUUUGGAAUUAAAAUGAUCAUAAUUGAUAGUCUCUCAAGUCUAUUCUGGGAAUAAGGGUCUAAGUCUAUGAAGUAACAUGAAAGAUAUCAAUAGCAAAUUAAAGAAGUGCUGUAUUACAUGAAAGUUCUGACAAAGAAGUACUAUAUUUGUGUGAUCUAUACUAAUAAUACUAAAGAAGCAGGGGCAACGAAGGUUACUGAGAUUCAAAAUUUGGUAGGUGAGCCCCUAUAAUGGGCUGUUGACAAAUAAAUAUAUGCUUGUUAAGAUGAUCAUUCAAACAGCUAUAUUCUGGUUAAACAUUGA